AUGUCAGCUGUCAACGCCAAUAUGUACAUCCCUCCAUCGAAUCAACCCAAUACACUUCGAGAUGUCCUACCAAUACAAUGCGAUAUCACCCCAGCCAAUACAGUUCUCGCUGUCACCUCAGCCAACUUGCAAUUGAACACCGGACAUCACCCCAUUACCCAACUUCAACACACUUCGACACCAUCUCAACACCACCUCGACGUCGACAACAACAACGCCCGAUCACUCUCGAGCACGUCUCGCUCUACCUCCCUCCCCUCCCCACCCGCCAUCGAAGCUCCGCUGAAUCCGCCCUCAGUCACCGCUUCUCACCCACCGAAGCGUAUACCGUACCGACAUUCCGACUAUAUUCCCAAGGCACGCACCCAUCCUCCCACCUCAUUCCCAGAUCCGUCCACCGUCGCGCAUCGAGGCAACCGUCGAGUCGAUUCUAGGUCUACUGGUACCUCCCGCAACCGACGCUCUCAAUACCAACUCACAACGUAA